AUGUAUCGUCGGGGGAACACCUUGGUUGCGCAAGAGGACUUGUUGGUGUGCGAAGAUACACCUUGGACCAAAGAGACACCUUGGACUGAAGAAGUGUCGACUAGUCAUCCGCGUCACCACGACUCGUUGUACGACCCCAGCGAUGGCCAGGACGUUCAGCGCAAGGAAAACAACAAGGGACGGCGUUUUUGUUUCAUUGUCAGCAUCAUUGACUCGCCCGCGAUGAAUUGUCGUGUGCUGGCCCUUGACAUCUUUCGAGGCGGGAAUUCUCAGGCCAAGGAACUCAAGGACUACCACGUUAUGUUCAACUACGAGUAUUUUAUCAAGUUGUUUGAAUCGCUGCUGAACGAGUUGGCCGCGUUGGGAAUCUAG